AUGGAGGGGGCCAUUGAUGAAGUGCGGGCAGGCAGGCUCUCUUAUAGGCAGGCAGCUGUACAUUUUGGGGUCCCCAAGUCCACCCUGCGAGACCGAGUCAGUGGGAAAGUGGCCUCUGACAGCACCUAUGGUCAGAGGCCACUUCUCUCUGAGAAAGAUGAGAAUGCGCUGGUGGAGUACUGCCUGUACUCCGCCAGCUUUGGAUUCCCACUGACAAAGUCACAGGUGGUGACCCACGCUCUGGCAAUUUUCAACCGGCGCCACCCACAAACACCAAAGGUGGCGCUGAGCCAGACGUGGUGGGUCAACUUCAGGGAGAGACAAAAACAACGGCUCACCACCAGGACCCCAGAUAUUAUUGACCAUGGGAGAGCAUCCUGUGCGAAGAGGGGGCCUGUCGAGGACUAUUUCAAUCUACUGUCCUCGACAAUGGACAGGUACGGGCUGAGAGGGAAACCCCACUGCAUCUUCAACUGCGACGAGACUGGGUUUCAGCUGGACAGCCAGAGGAGGAAAGUCGUCGUGCCCCGGGGUACCAAGCACGCUUACAGACAGGCUCCAGGCACCAGGGAGCAUAUCACCGUCCUGGCCUGUUUAAAUGCGGCAGGGGAGGAUAUCCCCCCAUUCAUUAUUUACAAGGGGGGAUAUCCGGGGGGCCCUUAUAAUAAAGAAGGGGUCCCCAAUGCUCUUUAUGGGAAGUCACCGGCUGGAUAUAUGGACAAUGAUCUGUUUGUGAAGUGGUUUAACCAGCAUUUCUUAAAACAUGCCACCCAGGAGCGCCCGCUGCUGCUGGUUAUGGACGGUCAUGCAUCACACCUCGGGCCAGAGCUGAUCCAGGCGGCACAGGGGGCAGGGGUCAUCCUUUUGUGCCUCCCGCCGCACACGUCACACAUCCUUCAGCCCUUGGAUAGGCGUUGUGGUUGGAGGCUUCAGAAAGUGUGGCCUCUACCCCUUGGAUCCGGGGGCCGUUGA